AUGCGCUGCCACCUCUUGACAGCGCUGGCCACUCUGGCAGCCACCGCCGUCGCCGAAAUCAAGUUCACAUCUCCAGUUGCCGGAGCUCAGCUCGCUGGCGGCACCGCCAUCACCAUCACCUGGACCGACGAUGGGACGGCUCCCACAAUCGACCAGUUCGCUACUUAUCAACUGAAUGUCCUGGCUGGUGGUAGCACUGCUGCUUCUGCUAGCUCCAUCUACACCGUAACGGCUGCUGGCACAUAUUCUGGAACGAGUGGGACAGUCACCGCAAUCAUUCCCAUCGUCAACGGCGCAACCUCGAAGAACGGAUACUUCCUCCAGAUGAUCUCGAACGGCAAGAUCGGCGGCACCGACAUUGUUUACAGCUCGCGCUUCGGCCUCACAGGCAUGACUGGCACUUUCACUGCCGCUCAACUUGCUGGUAUUGCUGCCGUGGGCUCCGACACGACUCUCGUCCCUGCCGCAGCUCAUAACUUGCAGACUGCCGCCGCUGCAGGCGCUACUAGUGCUGCCGCCGGCGCUGCCAUGUUUGACGUUGCUUAUCAUCUUCAGACCGGUCUGAUCAAGUACGCUCCUAUGCAGCCAAUCCCUGGAACAAAGAUCACUGCAAAGACCCCAUCUAUGAUGAACCCCAGCACGUCUUUUACUAUUUUCAAGACAUAUGCGCCACCCGCUUCCAUUACCUACACCCUGACCGAAUCUCAAACCCUCAGCCACACGAGUAGAGAGAAUCCUGCUUCGGCCGCGACUCAACCCACAGCUGCCGAUAUGAAGAAGUACCUGAACCGCUGGAAGGACUAG